UCACUCUGCUUGCAGGAGAGAGGCCAUGGCGGCAAUGUUUCUGCCUGGAAAUCUUCAGGAUGAAGCUACUUGUUCUGUCUGCUUGGAGUUCUUCAAAGACCCCGUGUCUAUCGAGUGUGGGCAUAAUUUUUGCCGGGCUUGCAUCAUCAAGAGUUGGAAGGACCUAGAGAUGGAUUUUCCCUGCCCACAGUGUCGGGAGGUCUUUCAACAGAAGAAUUUAAGACCCAACAGGCAGCUGGCGAACAUGUCUGAGAUCAUCAGUCAGUUCACCCUUCGUGGAGCUAAAGGUGCUGAGGAGGAUGGGCUCUGCAUGAAGCACAGAGAAGCCCUGAAACUCUACUGCAAGGAUGACAGGAGAACCAUCUGCGUGGUAUGUGACAGGUCCCGGGAGCACCGACCACACGCUGUGGUACCUGUUGAUGAGGCAUCUGAGGAGUACAAGGAGAAAAUCCAAGGACGCUUGGAUUUCCUGAAGAAGGAGAGGCAAGAGCUGCUGGAAUUUAAAGUGAACGAUGAUAAGAAAACCCAGGAGCUCUUGAAAACCAUUGAGAAUGAGAGGCAGAAGCUGCUCCUGGAGUUUGAGAGGCUGCGGCAGUUCCUCCACGACCAGGAGCACAUCCUCUUGGGUCAGCUGGAGAAGAUGGAGAAGAACAUUGCCAAGAGGCAGAACGAGAACAUCACUGACCUCUCGAAGGAGAUCACACUUCUCAACAAACUCAUCACGGAGCUGGAGGAGAAAAUCCAGCAGCCCAUGCUUGAAUUCCUCAAGGACAUAAUGAACAUCAUAAGCAG